AUGCGCAGAAAUUCUACUUAUAAAUACUCCUGGCCAAAAUGUCAACAAAACAUAUCUGCUGCCAGAGUCCCUAACUUCAGCUCACUUCCUACUACGAUGCAAAACUUUAUCUACUAUCGCCAUUGUCGACAUUUUCCCAUGAUACUGGAUCUUCCUGACAAAUGUGGAGGAGCUAAAGGAUCUGCAGAAGUCUUUCUUCUACUGGUCAUUAAAAGUCCUCCUGUGAACUUCGACCGUCGAGAGGUGCUGCGUACAACCUGGGCUGAAGAGAGAUUGCAGAAUGGUGUGUUGAUGCGAAGGAUCUUCAUCACAGGAACCAGGGGUGAAGGUGUCGAGAAGAAGAGACUGAACAAACUCCUCGAACAUGAACAACGGCAGUACAAUGACAUCCUCCAAUGGGACUUUACUGAUACAUUUUUCAAUCUCACCUUGAAACAAGUCCUCUUCCUAGAAUGGAUGGACAGAAACUGUCCACAUGUUCGCUUCCUGAUGAACGGUGAUGAUGAUGUUCUUGCUCACACAGACAACAUGGUCACGUAUCUGAAAACCCUGAAGGACAAUGAUGGAAGCAAACAUCUCUUUGCUGGAAAUCUGAUGCAAAAUAUAACGCCAUAUCGAUUUCCAGACAGUAAGUAUUAUGUUCCAGUUCAGGUGCAGGAGACAGACACAUACCCUCCUUACUUAGGUGGUGGAGGCUUCCUGUUGUCCGGCUACUCAGCUCUGGUCAUGUACAACAUGUCCCACUCCGUCAUGUUUCAUAACAUUGAUGAUGUCUUCAUAGCACUGUGUAUGGAGAAAGCAGGAGUACGUCCUACAUCUCACAUAGGAGUGAAGAUAGCAGGGCAUCGCAGUCCCGGCAAUAUUGAUCCAUUAGAACCUUGUUAUUUCAAAGAAAUUCUGCUUGUUCACAGAUUCCUUCCUGCUGAAUUGUACGUUAUGUGGAACCGGCUACAUGAUCCUAAUCUGAAAUGCUUUCACAGUAACAAAUAG